AUGCUCGAGAGGGAGCUGUGGCCAGCGGGGCCUGGCUCGGAACCCGUGACCCGCAUCGGCAGCUGUGACAGCAUGAUGAGCGCCACCUCCACCCGCUCUGGAUCUAGUGACAGCAGCUACGACUUCCUGUCUGCUGAAGAGAAGGAGUGUCUGCUCUUCCUGGAGGAGACCAUUGGCUCAUUGGACACUGAGGCUGACAGUGGACUGUCCACUGAUGAGUCUGAACCAGCCACAACCCCUCGAGGUUCCCUAGUGCUGCCCCUAACCGAGCCUGCUCUCCAGGGAAGUCCAGAGGAGACAACUGUUCAGCAAGGGCCAGAACCAAGGAGAGUGACUCAGUCUCGCUCAUCCCAUCCUCCUGAGCCCCAAGGCCUGGGCCUCAGGUCUGGCUCCUACAGCCUCCCCCGAAAUAUCCACAUUGGAAGAAACCAGAACCUCAGGAAAAGCACCACCCAGACUAACAGCCACAUCCCUGGAGACUCUGUGGGGCUUGGACCAGAGCCUGUGAGAGAGCAGGUCAGCCAGAGCAGUGAGCCCAGCCAGGCACCAGCCAGCCACCAGGAGGCUGCCCUUGAUUUGGACGUGGAGCUCAUCCCCCCACCAGAGGCUUUCCAGGACACUCAGCCAGCGCAGUGUGGGGAAGACAGCCUGCCUGUGGGGCCAGGACAGCAGACCCACCCACCCCAGCUCCACACGCCUUUUAGUGCCCAGAAGAGAGAGGAAACUUCUUCAGAGGCCAUGUCCCAAAAAGCCAAUGAGAAAGGCUCAAGAGAGGGCCCAAGACAAUCACAGUCUCCUCCUGCUGUGUCCUGUCAGAAUGCUAGACCUGAAGACACUCCCCUCCCAUCAAGGGGAGAUCCAGAUGCCCGACUGGCACCCCUCACAGCCCCCAAGCUCCGGAAGCUGCCACCUAAUAUUGUUCUGAAGAGCAGCCGAAGCAGUUUCCAUGGCGAUCCCCAGAACUGGCUGUCUCGCCAUGCUGAGGCUGCCCCUGGAGAUUCCGGCCUGGUCUCUUCACUGCAGGAGCAAAGGAAAGCACGCAGAGAAGCACUGGAGAAGCUGGGACUACCCCAGGACCAAGAGGAGCCCAGCGUCCUCUUAAAUAAGCCCACCAGCUCCAUCAGGCUCAAGGAAACUCGAGCUCAGGCCCCUUCCCUGGCUCUGGCUCAGCCUGCAGUUCCAGUUCAGGUCUCAGUGGCUGUUCCUGCUACAGGGAAAGCUCCAGCUCCAGCUCCAGCUCGGGGGCCUUCAUCAGUGAAGGCUCCAGCUCCAGCUCCGGCUGUAGUUCAGGGAGCUUCACCAGUGAAGGCUCCAGCUCCAGCUCCAGCUCCUGCUCCUGCUCCAACUCAGGGACCUUUGCCAAUGAAAUCUCCAGCUCUGGCUGUAGCUCAGGAGUCUCCUCCAGGCAAGGUUUUGAUUCCUGCCCAGGAAUCCUCUCCAGGGAAGUUCGUCCCUGCCAAAUCCAUGCCAAUUCCUAUCCCUAAGACCCCAAGGGUAAAUAGUCCAUUGACUCCGCCUAAGCCAGAUUCUGGGCUGGCUCUCCAGGAGAGCAAUGUCCCUGGCCUGAGACAAAUGAACUUCAAGUCCAACACUCUGGAGCGUUCAGGCGUGGGGCUGAGCAGCUACCUCUCAGCUGAGAAAGACCCCAGCCCCCAAAUCAGCACUUCUCUGGGAAAAGGCUCCCUCUUGGACAAAAUUUCACCCAGCGUCUUGCGUAACUCCCGGCCCCGACCUGCCUCUUUGGGCACAGGGAAGGACUUUGCAGGUAUCCAGGUGGGCAAGUUGGCUGACCUGGAGCAGAGGCAGAGUUCUAAGCGCCUGUCCUUCCAAGGACAGAGCCGUGACAAACUUCCUCGACCCCCCUGUGUCAGUGUCAAGAUCUCCCCAAAGGGAGUCCCUGAUGAACACAGAAGGGAGGCUCUGAAGAAGCUGGGACUGUUAAAGGAGUAGCCCGAGCCACCGCCCUGCCAGAUCUCACGUGCCCUGCCACACAGGAGGAGAGCCAGGGCUCCACUGAGGAGCCUUUGCCACCUCAUGGCUCAGGGCUUGGGCAGGGGUAGGCUUCUCUCAGAUGCUCUCUGCUCUCUGAAGUGAGGGGAGGGAGAGAUUUGAGUCCAGGCUUAUGCUUAUAUCCAGAGUGGUUGUGCCAUUGAGUGCCUGCACAGAUCAUCCUGAAGAUGAUUUCCAGGAGUGAGUGCAUGUGA